AUGAACCCUUACACUCGCAAGCCCAACCCCCAGGCUCGAGUGCAGUGCCAGCCCACUGUUGAUGGGCACCCGGCACGUCAUGGGCAGCGAGUGUCCCUACGGGAUCGCCCAGCGCACGACAACGGGCUCGGUUCGCCGAUGCACCAUUGUCGUGCCCCGGGUCCGCUCCGAGUAGGAGCAGCGGGCAUCGGUGGGGGGACCCAGGGCCGACUGCCCGGAUCCGGAGGGGCCCUGCGCUGGGCUAGUCGCCGUAUGGCGGCCUAG